AUGUGACGUCACACCCGGAAGGCCCUGUUCGCUUCCUUCCCGCUCGGCAUGUGCUGUGUUAGGCAAUGAAUUUGUCUCACAUUCCAACACCUGGGUAUUUUAUACAUAAUAUUAAAAAGAUUUGGACUACGCAUAUGUUUGUUUUUGUUUUGCCUGCGAUCUCAUUUAUCUGAUCAGUCAUGUCAGAUAUACUUUUAAACUUGGACAUGGAGUCCUGCCUCUCUGGUAGCAAGAAGGAGUCCACUAACAAACAUCAACAGUUCCUCAGAAAAAGGAAGUUCUUGGAAAGAAGGGGAUAUCUCAAAAAGAAACAGUUGCCAGCAAAGCAGAACUCAGGGCAUCAGUCACAUUCCUGGGACCAAACCAAGAGAAGAGGACACCAAGAUGGCAGUUGGACCACGUUUAACAGAAAUAAGAAACAAUGCAAUCAAACAAACUUUCAGAAUGGUUUGAAACAGCAGGAAGCUCCUACGCCUCCUUCAAGAGUUCAAUCGUUUCAGCCUGGCACCCUCAUAGUUAGCGUAGGCACUGGCACACAUCAAACACGCAUGGCAAGUUAUAUGCCAAACAAGGCACAAGCCUCUUCUAAAGGAGAGCUGUUCCGUUGUCAUCUUUCUGAAACAAAAGUGCAAUCCAAACCAGCUCCUGUACCUCACAAAGUUGAUCCAUUGAGUGAGUUUGAAAGUGGCCUUUCUACAUUCUCCGCUACUACUAAGCCAUCUUACAAAAUGGUGGCUAUAGACUGUGAAAUGGUAGGGACUGGGCCAAAGGGGCGAAACAGUGACUUAGCUAGAUGCAGUGUUGUCAGCUUCUAUGGCGAUGUGCUGUAUGAUAAGUACAUUAGACCUGAAAGCCCCAUCACCGAUUACAGGUCAAGAUGGAGUGGCAUCAGAAAAGAACAUAUGGUUGGUGCUGUUCCAUUCUCGUGUGCACAAAAAGAGAUAUUAAAACUUCUCCACGGUAAGAUAGUGGUUGGACACGCAAUCCACAAUGACUUCAAGGCACUUAAAUACUUCCAUCCCAAGGAAUUGACCAGAGAUACGUCUAUGAUCCCCCUACUGAACCGCAAGGCAGGUUUCCAGGACACGGAGGCAGUUUCUCUAAAGCGAUUUGCCAAGCAACUGCUCCACAAGGAUAUUCAGACUGGACGGUUUGGCCAUUCAUCGGUGGAAGAUGCCAAGACAACGAUGGAGCUUUACAGAGUGAUAGAGGCUGAAUGGGAGAGAGAACUGGCUACGCACCCGGUCUCCUCAUAGAUGUGACACUAGGUCUAUUGUUUCUCAGCAAGCCAAGGACUAGUCAUCACGAUUUGGUCGCUCGUCCUAUCUAACAAAAUUAAAAAUGUUGUCCCUCUAAAA